UUUCUCGUUUCUUCAUUUCCAUUUCAUCUCCCUCUCUCUUUCAUUCUCUUCUUCACGCAAUUUCAUUUCUUCAUCCCAAACACUCCGCAUCUCAGACUCACCGUUUUCCAGAACCAAACCCUAACUCCAUUUCUUCAUCGCACUCUUCCAAUCGCUGAUUUCGCCAUGGAUCUUCUCCGAUUCGCGCCUUGAUCGCACCGUGUUUCCUCCGAUUCUUCACCAUGUUCGAAGCUCACGUUUUGCAUUUGCUUCGGAAAUAUUUGGGUGAAUAUGUACAUGGACUCUCUACGGAGGCGUUGAGAAUCAGUGUCUGGAAAGGUGAUGUUGUCCUUAAAGAUUUGAAGCUGAAAGCAGAGGCACUAAAUGCACUGAAGCUCCCUGUUACUGUCAAAGCUGGCUUUGUUGGUACCAUUACAUUAAAGGUUCCUUGGAAAAGUUUGGGUAAAGAACCUGUGAUUGUUCUAAUCGAUCGUGUGUUUGUUCUUGCUCAUCCUGCUCCAGAUAGUCGGACAAUGAAGGAUGAGGAUAGGGAAAAACUUUUUCAAGACAAGCUCCAACAUAUUGAGGAAGCGGAGUCAGCAACACUUGAUGCAAUAUCUAAGUCUAAGUUGGGAAGUUCAUCUUCUGGAAAUUCGUGGCUGAGUUCUCUAAUAUCUACAAUUAUUGGAAAUCUAAAGAUAUCGAUCAGCAACGUGCAUAUCAGAUAUGAAGAUUCAGUCAGUAAUCCAGGCCAUCCAUUUUCUUCAGGUUUGACUUUGGCCAAGCUUGCUGCUGUUACAAUGGAUGAACAGGGGAAUGAAACUUUUGAUACCAGUGGGGCGUUGGAUAGAUUGAGGAAGUCAGUUCACCUUGAGAGGCUAGCUUUUUAUCACGAUUCUAAUCGGCUUCCUUGGGAGAUUGAUAAAAGAUGGGAGGAUAUCAGUCCACAUGAAUGGAUUGAGAUAUUUGAAGAUGGCAUAAACGAGCCUACUGGUGAUCAUAAGUUGGUGUCUAAGUGGGCUAUGAACCGCACAUACUUGGUUUAUCCUAUCAAUGCAGUACUACAGUAUCAUCGUCUUGGAAACCAAGAAAGAACUGAUCCAGAAAUUCCAUUUGAGAAAGCUUCACUUGUCCUGACAGAUGUCUCUCUUACUCUUACUGAGGCUCAGUAUUAUGAUUGGAUUAAACUUUUGGAAGCUGUUUCAAGAUACAAGACAUAUAUGGAGGUUUCUCAUUUACGUCCUACAGUUCCCAUCUCAAAGGCUCCUUAUUUGUGGUGGCAAUAUGCUGCUCAGGCUUCUCUCCAGCAGCAGAAGAUGUGCUACCGUUUAUCAUGGGACCAAAUUCGGAAUCUAUGUCAGCUUCGGCGGCGAUACAUUCAGUUGUAUGUGGCAUCUCUUCAGCAUUCAUCAGACAAUAACCACACGGAAUUGAGAGAAAUAGAGAAGGAUCUUGAUUCGAAAGUGAUUCUUCUAUGGAGGCUCUUAGCUCAUGCCAAGGUUGAAUCUGUGAAAUCAAAGGUAGCUGCUGAAGAAAGGAAGAUCAAGAAAAAGAGCUGGUUUUCAUUUAGAUGGCAUGCUGACACAGAAGAAACCUCUUUGGAUGAUGUUUCUGAGGAGCAACAGGUUACAGAAGAACGGUUGACUAAAGAGGAAUGGCAUGCAAUCAAUAAGCUACUAAGUUACCAACCUGCGGAGGAGUUGAUGCUACGAUCUGCAAAGGAUAUGCAGAAUAUGUUCCAGUUUCUGGUAACUGUAUCUAUUGGUCAGGCUGCUCUCAGGAUUAUCAGUGUGAAUCAGGUGGAAAUCGUCUGUGGUCGAUUUGAGCAGCUUCAUGUGUCUACCAAGUUCAAGCAUCGUAGUGUUUACUGUGAUGUGUUACUAAAAUUUUAUGGUCUAUCUGCUCCUGAAGGUUCACUUACACAGAGUGUCUAUAGUGAGCAAAAGGUAAAUGCAUUAGUGGCUAGUUUUGUCCACUUGCCGAUCGGAGAGAAUAUUGACUGGAGAUUGUCAGCUACAAUUGCUCCCUGCCAUGUGACGGUUUUGAUGGAAAGUAUUAAUCGUGUCUUAGAGUUUUUGAAGCGAAGUAAGGCAGUUAGUCCUACUGUUGCAUUGGAAACAGCUACUGCCUUGCAGUUGAAGUUUGAGGAAGUGACUCGAAGAGCACAGGAGCAAUUUCAAAUGGUUUUGGAGGAACAAAGCAGAUUUGCAUUUGAUAUUGAUCUUGAUGCUCCAAAAGUUAGAGUUCCUCUCAGAACUAGUGGUUCAGAAAGAUGUGACAGUCAUUUUCUUUUGGAUUUUGGUCACUUUACACUACACACUGCGGAAAGCCAGUCUGAUGAUCAGAGGCAGAAUCUUUAUUCUCGGUUUUACAUAUCUGGACGAGAUAUUGCUGCUUUUUUUACAGACUGUGGCUCUGAUUCCGGUAGUUGCAGUUUGGUUGAGCCUAAUUAUGAUGGUCAAAUAAUGAACUCACCCAUUACCAAAGAAGAUGAAAAUGUCUAUUCUCUCAUUGAUAGGUGUGGAAUGGCAGUACUUGUUAAUCAGAUUAAGGUGCCGCAUCCAAAUUAUCCAUCCACUCUUAUUUCUAUUCAAGUGCCAAACCUCUGGAUCCACUUUUCCCCGGAGAGAUAUUUUAGAAUCAUGGAACUGCUGAACAUAUUGUACGAGACAAUGGAAACUUGUAGUCAGCCGACAGCUGAUAGUUGCCAAUCUAAACUUGCUCCUUGGAGUCCUGCUGAUCUUGCCACUGAUGGUAGAAUCCUAGUUUGGAAGGGAAUUGGCAAUUCGGUUGCUACAUGGCAUCCUUGUUUCCUGGUGCUUUCAGGAUCGUAUCUUUAUAUGUUUGAGUCAGCGAAGUCUCAGAGUUACCAGCGAUAUCUAAGCAUGGCUGGUAGGCAAAUACUUGAUGUUCCCCCAACAAAUAUUGGUGGUUCCCCAUUUUGUAUUGCUGUUAGCACCAGGGGAAUGGACAUUCAGAAGGCUCUGGAAUCUUCUACCACCUGGAUCUUAGAUUUUCGAGAUGAUGAGGAGAAGUGUAGCUGGUUUAAAGGACUUAUACAAGCCACCUAUCAAGCUUCUACUCUCCUAUCAGUUGAUGUUCUUGGUAACUCAGAGGGUGAUGCUGCUCCCUUCAAUGUUCUCAAUACCACAACUUCAAAACCAGCUGACAUUGUUAUAAAUGGCGCAUUGGUGGAAUUCAAGCUGUUUAUAUAUGGAAAGGCCGGAGACAGCAUUGAUGGAGAACUUGAUGAGACUCUCCUUCUUGAAGUUGUUGCGGAUGGGGGAAAGGUGCAUGUAAUUCUUGCAGGUGGUGAUCUAACAGUGAAGAUGAAGUUGCAUUCUUUAAAAAUUAAGGAUGAACUUCAGGGGCGACUAUCUGUAGCUCCAAGUUAUCUUGCAGUUUCAGUCUUGAAGAAUGAAACUUUAUCUUCUUCCUCUGGCUCAUUUGAUUCCCAUGGGAAAGACAUGUCUCUUGGACUUCCUGAUGAUGAUGAUAGCUUUAUGGAUGCAUUAUCUGAGUUCAUGUCUCAAACAGAUGUAGGAUAUUUACAUAAUAUGGAUUUAGAUCAGCAAGGACUGAUGGGGAUUGCUUCUGAUUUUGAGUCUUUAGAAAACUUAAUUCAUGAAAAGGAAAUUGAAAAGGGAAAGGGUACACCUCGUGAGGUAUAUUAUGAGGCAGAGGGAAGUGAUACUUCAAAUUUUGUAUCCCUCUCCUUUUCAACAAGGAGUUCUGGCUCACCUGAUUACAAUGGUAUAGACACCCAGAUGUGUGUUCGGAUGUCCAAGCUAGAAUUUUUCUGCAACCGGCCCACUAUUGUUGCUUUGAUAAGCUUUGGCCUGGAUAUAAGCUCUGGAAAUAAGAUGACAAGUCAUACUUCGGAAACUUCUCCUGAGAGACCAUCGGUGAAGGAGAGGACUGAUGAAAAGGGCCGCGUUAAAGGAUUAUUAGGAUUUGGUAAAGAACGUGUAGUAUUUUAUUUAAACAUGAAUGUGGACAGUGUAACAAUUUUUCUUAACAAGGAGGAUGAUUCUCAACUUGCCAAGUUAGUGCAAGAAAGUUUCUUAAUGGAUCUUAAGGUUCACCCAAGUUCUCUCUCCAUUGAUGGGACAUUAGGCAAUUUUAGGCUCUGUGAUACAUCCCUUGGAACCGAUCAAUGUUGGGAUUGGCUUUGUGACAUACGCAAUCCUGGUGUUGACUCCCUUAUUAAGUUCAAAUUUAAUUCUUAUAGUGCUGAAGAUGAUGACUAUGAAGGGUACGACUAUAGCUUGCAAGGUCAACUUUCAGCUGUUCGCAUUGUUUUCCUCUAUAGAUUUGUGCAAGAGAUAAUGGUGUACUUUAUGGAAUUGGCCUCCCCUCAUACUGAAGAAGCAAUCAAACUUGUUGAUAAGGUUGGAGGAUUUGAAUGGUUGAUUCAAAAAUAUGAAAUAGAUGGAGCUACAUCACUCAAGCUUGAUCUUGCUCUAGAAACUCCAAUUAUCGUAGUUCCAAGGAAUUCGAUGAGCAAAGAUUUUAUACAACUUGAUCUGGGAAAGCUACAGAUUAAAAAUGAAUUCAGUUGGUAUGGAUCCCGGGAAGAAGAUCCGUCAGCUGUGCAUAUUGAUCUUCUUCAUGCUCAGAUUUUGGGUAUUAACAUGUCUGUCGGCAUUGAUGGUUUUCUUGGAAAACCGAUGAUACGGGAAGGUCAAGGUCUUGAUAUUUUUGUUCGUCGAAGCUUGAGGGAUGUUUUCCGGAAAGUCCCAACUUUUUCACUUGAAGUGAAGGUGGAUCUAUUGCAUGGUAUAAUCUCUGAUAAAGAAUAUAAGGUGAUUUUGGACUGCACAUACAUGAAUUUAUCAGAAGAACCAAGGCUUCCUGCAAGUUUUCGUGGCGGAAAAUCUGGUUCAAGAGAUACUAUUAGGCUUCUGGUUGAUAAGGUUAACUUAAACAGUCAAAAUCUGUUGUCACAAACAGUUACAAUUGUAACUGUUGUGGUGAACCAUGCCUUGCUGGAGCUUUGUAAUGGCACUGACGGGGAGUCUCCAUUGGCUCAUAUUGCCCUGGAAGGUCUUUGGGUUUCAUAUCGUAUGACUUCUUUAUCAGAGACAGACCUCUUUGUGACAAUACCCAAAUUUUCUAUACUUGAUGUUCGCCCUGAUACAAAACCUGAAAUGCGUCUGAUGCUUGGAUCAUCUACUGAUGCUUCAAAACAAGCAGUUACUGGAAAAGUUCCCUUUUCAUUUAACCCGGGUAGCUUUAGAAGGACAACUAGUGAAGCUGGAAUUGAUGAUAUGCCCAUUUCAACUAUGUUCUUGAUGGACUACAGGUGGAGGAUGUCAUCCCAAUCAUUUGUGAUUCGUUUGCAGCAACCUCGAGUUCUUGUGGUACCAGAUUUUCUUCUUGCAGUAACUGAGUUUUUUGUCCCUGCUCUGGGAGCACUAACUGGAAGAGAGGAAACAAUGGAUCCAAAGAAUGAUCCUAUUAACAGAAACGUUAGCAUAGUGCUGAUGGAAUCAGUUUACAAGCAGAAAGAUGAUGUGAUGCACCUUUCCCCAUCUAGGCAGCUAGUUGCAGAUUGUGUAGGCAUUGACGAAUAUACAUAUGACGGUUGUGGAAAGGUUAUUUGUUUAUCUGUUGAAACAGAUGCAAAAGAAGUCCGCGGCACAAGGUUUAGACCAAUAAUAGUCAUUGGACGUGGCAAAAGAUUGCGAUUUGUUAAUGUUAAAAUUGAGAAUGGCUCUCUUCUAAGGAAGUAUACGUACCUGAAUAAUGAUAGCAGUUACUCAAUCACUAUUGAGGAUGGUGUUGAAAUUGUGGCUCCAUGCAAUCUGACAUCUGGUGAUGAAAAAAGCCUUGACAACUUGAAUCAAACAUCGGGAACUACUAUAUAUUCUCAAUAUGAAUCAAAUGGAACUCAAAGUUUUACCCUUGAAACCCAGGUUGUUUCUUCUGAAUUCACCUUCUAUGAUGGUUCUAAGUCAUUUCUCGACGAUUCAUCUUAUGGCGAGAAGCUUGUUCGUGCGAAGUUGGACAUGAGCUUCAUGUAUGCCUCCAAGGAGAAGGACACUUGGAUUAGAGCCCUGUUGAAGGAUUUUACAGUUGAGGCUGGUUCUGGUCUUGUCAUUCUUGAUCCUGUGGAUAUAUCAGGGGGAUAUACUUCUGUGAAAGACAAAACAAGUAUAUCUUUGAUAUCAACGGAUAUCUGUAUUCAUCUCUCACUUAGUGCUGCUUCUCUCAUUCUAAAUCUGCAAAGCCAAGCAUCUGCUGCCUUAAAUUUUGGAAAUGCAAAUCCACUUGUUCAGUGUACCAACUUCGACCGAAUUUGGGUAUCUGAAAAAGAGUCUGGUUCCAAUAACAAUAUUACCUUUUGGAGGCCUCAAGCUCCUGCAAAUUAUGUCAUAUUAGGAGAUUGUGUGACAUCAAGGCCAAUUCCUCCUUCACAGGCAGUAAUGGCUGUAAGCAAUACAUACGGCCGUGUAAGGAAGCCAGUUGAUUUCCAUCUUAUUGGAUCAUUCCUGAAUAUCCAAGGGCAUGGCGGAAAUGAAGGUCAAUCUAUUACUGACAAUGAUUGUUCUCUUUGGAUGCCCAUUGCGCCCCCAGGGUACACAGCUCUAGGCUGUGUAGCCCAUGUUGGGAGCCAACCGCCCCCAAAUCAUGUUGUUCAUUGCUUACGUUCUGAUCUUGUAACAUCAGCAAAAUAUUCAGACUGCUUAUUUAAUAUCACAUCAAAUAAUCAAUUUACUUCUGGAUUUAGCAUAUGGCGCCUUGACAAUGCUGUUGGCUCUUUUUUUGCACAUUCUUCAAUCGGUUUCCCUCUCAAAAACAAAUGCUAUGACUUGAAUCAUCUGCUUGUCUGGAGUUCAAAUCGCGGUCCUCUGAUAAGUCCAAUAUCAGAUUUUAAUUCCGAUCGUGAAAAUAAUAAUCAGCAGACAAGCGCAAAUGUAAAUACAUCUGGAUGGGAGAUUCUCAAGUCCAUUUCGAAAGCAACUAACUUCUACAUGUCUACACCAAACUUUGAAAGGAUUUGGUGGGACAAAGGCAGCGACCUCCGGCGUCCAGUCUCCAUUUGGCGACCCAUUGCGCGUCGUGGUUAUGCUGUCUUGGGUGAUUGCAUUACUGAAGGCCUUGAACCACCUGCACUGGGAAUAAUCUUCAAGAAUGACAAUCCUGAUAUCUCUUCAAAACCUGUUCAGUUUACCAAAGUUUCCCAUAUUGUGGGGAAAGGAGUUGAAGAAGUUUUCUUCUGGUUUCCUAUAGCUCCUCCUGGUUAUGUUUCUCUAGGAUGUGUUGUCUCCAGAACAGAUGAAGCACCACAUGCAGAUUUGUUUUGCUGCCCAAGGAUGGAUCUUGUUAGCCAAGGUAACAUUCAUGAGGUGCCUCUUUCAAGAUCUUCAAGCUCAAGGGCUCCUCAAUCCUGGAGUAUAUGGAAAGUAGAAAAUCAGGCAUGCACCUUUCUGGCUCGUUCUGACCUUAAAAAGCCAUCUAGUCGGUUGGCUUACAUAAUUGGUGAUUCAGUGAAGCCCAAGACUCGGGAAAACAUAAAUGCUGAGCUGAAGCUGCGAUAUUUUUCCCUAACUAUGUUGGACAGCUUAUGUGGAAUGAUGAGACCCUUGUUUGACACUACAAUUACCAAUAUUAAGCUUGCAACUCAUGGUGGACUAGAUGGGAUGAAUGCUGUACUUAUUUCCUCAAUUGUUGCAUCAACCUUCAAUGCACAAUUAGAGGCAUGGGAGCCCCUUGUGGAGCCAUUUGAUGGAAUAUUUAAGUUUGAAACUUUUGAUACCAAUGAACAAUCGCCAUUAGGACUUGGGAAGAGAAUUCGAAUUUCAGCAACUAGCAUCUUGAAUGUCAAUAUCAGCGCAGCAAAUCUUGAAUCCUCUGUGGGAAGCAUCCUUUCGUGGAGAAGACAGUUGGAGCUUGAACAGAAAGCAUCCAAGCUAAAUGCGGAGGGUUGUGGUCAACAAAUCACAGGAGAAAAUACAACUUUUUCUGCACUAGAUGAGGAUGACUUGCAGACUGUUAUAGUAGAAAAUAGACUUGGAUGCGAUGUUUUUGUUAAAAAAGUUGAGCAUGAUAUAGAUACUGUUGACAAGCUACACCAUGGUGAUUGUGCUUCUGUGUGGAUUCCACCUCCAAGAUUUUCAAAUAGGUUAAAUGUUGCUCAUGAAUCUAGGGAAGCUCGUUAUUAUGUGGCUGUACAGAUACUUGAAGCCAAGGGUCUUCCCAUCAUUGAUGAUGGUAACAGCCAUAACUUCUUCUGUGCUUUGCGCCUUGUUGUUGACAGUCAGGCAUCAGAGCAGCAAAAACUUUUUCCCCAGAGUGCAAGAACAAAGUGUGUGAAACCUGUAAUAUCAAGAAUUAAUAGUUUGGAUGAAGGCAGAGUAAAGUGGAAUGAACUUUUCAUAUUUGAAGUUCCCAGAAAGGCCCCUUCUAAAUUGGAAAUAGAGGUUACAAAUCUUGCUGCAAAAGCUGGAAAAGGGGAUGUUGUGGGUGCACUUUCAUUUUCUGUUGGACAUGGUGCAAAUAUUCUUAAGAAGGUUGCUUCAGUGAGAAUGUUUCAUCAACCUUAUGAUAAUCAGAGUAUUAGAUCGUAUCCACUAAGUAGAAUGACUCAACAAAGCAAUGUUGAAGCCAUGCAUGAUGGAUGCCUCAUUAUUUCAACUUCUUAUUUUGAAAGAAACACAAUUGCUAACCUUCAAAAAGAUAUGGAAAGUGAUAAUGUUGGUGAUCGAGAUAUAGGUUUGUGGGUGGGGCUUGGUCCAGAGUGUGAAUGGGAGAGUAUUCGAUCUUUGCUCCCACUUUCUGUUGUUCCAAUAUCAUUACAGAAUGAAUAUAUUGGUAUGGAAGUUGUGAUGAAAAAUGGAAAGAAGCAUGUAAUUUUCAGGGGUCUUGUUACAGUUGUGAACGACUCAGAUGUUAUGUUGAAUAUUUUGACAUGUCACACAUCUCAUGGCCAUGAUCCCUCACUUGGAGCAAAUGGUUCUAAUACUGCAGUUGAAGAAGUCUUUCAAAAUCAGUAUUAUCAUCCGUCAUCUGGUUGGGGUAGCAAUGGGUCAGCUAUGCACCAUGAUAAUCCUGGACACUGGAGCACAAGGGACUUUUCACAUUCAUCUAAGGACUUCUUUGAACCUCCACUUCCUCCUGGGUGGAAAUGGGCUUCAGGUUGGUCCAUAGAUAAGUUUCAGUAUGUUGACAAGGAAGGCUGGGCAUAUGGGCCUGACAUUAAAAAUUUUAGAUGGCCUCCUACUUCAUCAAAGUUUUCAACAAAAUCAGCCUCUGAUGUUGUGCGUCGACGGCGUUGGAUUCGUACUAGACAAACCGUUUCUGAGCAAGGUAUGGAAUGCUUGCAUAGUGGAGCAAGUACUGUGCAGCCUGGAGCUUCUGCUGUUUUAUCUUGGAGAAGUACAUUCAAGGGCUCUGACCAAUGUUUGCAAGUUCAACCUAAUUUUCAUAAUUCUCAGCUCAAAUACUCAUGGGGUCAGGUGGUUGCUGUUGGUUCAAGUUAUAUAUAUAGCAAAGAUCAGUUAUUAGAUCAAAGUUCUAGACAAACUUCUGUGACACCCAAUCGUUUUUUGAAGCUAAAUGAACUUGAGAAAAAGGAUAUACUUCUACGCUGCAAUCCUAGUAGUGGAAGUAAACAGUUUUGGUUUAGUGUGGGUACAGAUGCUGCAGUUCUUAAUACUGAACUAAAUAUACCUGUAUAUGAUUGGAGAAUAUCAAUUAAUUCUCCUAUGAAAUUGGAGAACCGGCUUCCUUGUCCUGCUGAAUUUUCAAUAUCGGAGAAAACAAAGGGAGGAAAUUGUGUUGAGCGGCAUCAUGGCGUCAUGUCUUCUCGUCAGAGUGUGCAUAUCUAUUCAGCUGAUAUUCAAAAACCUUUGUAUCUUACUUUAUUUGUGCAGGGUGGCUGGAUUAUGGAAAAGGACCCAAUUCUUAUACUGGAUCCUUCUUUCUCAAAUCACGUCUCAUCCUUCUGGAUGGUUCACCGGCAAAGUAAAAGGAAACUGCGUGUGAGCAUUGAACAUGAUGUGGGCGGGACAAGUGCUGCACCAAAAACCUGUAGACUCUUUGUCCCUUAUUGGAUUGUCAAUGAUUCUUCUCUAGCAUUGGCAUAUCGUUUAGUGGAAGUGGAACCUUCGGAAAAUGCAGAGGUGGAUUCUGUCCCUCUCUCUAGGGCAGUGAAGUCUGCCAAGACAGCUUUGAAAAGUCCCAUUAGCUCAAUGGAUAGAAGGCGUUCUAGUUCAAGGAAAAACCUACAAGUGCUUGAAGUUAUUGAAGAUAACAGCCCUUUUCCUAGCAUGCUUUCUCCACAAGAUUAUGCCGGUCGUAGUGGAGUUACAAUGUUCCAAUCUCAGAAAGAUACAUUCUUCUCUCCUAGGCUUGGCAUUUCUGUUUCUAUGCGCCAAUCUGAAGUUUAUAGCUCUGGAAUUUCUCUGCAUGAACUGGAAAACAAGGAACGUAUUGAUGUCAAGGCUUUCAAUUCUGAUGGAUCUUAUUACAAGCUUUCAGCAGUGUUGAACAUGACUUCAGACAGAACAAAGGUGGUCCAUUUCCAGCCACACACAAUGUUCGUCAAUAGGGUUGGAUGUAGUCUCUGCCUACAGCAAUGUGAUACUCAGUCUUCUGUGUGGAUCCAACCCACUGAUCCUCCAAAACCCUUUGGGUGGCAGUCAUCAGCUAAAGUUGAACUUUUGAAGUUGCGUAUUGAUGGAUACAAAUGGAGUACACCAUUUAGCGUAAGCUAUGAAGGUGUAAUGCGCCUUAUGCUGAAAAAAGAUAGUGGAGAUGAACCAAUGCUAUUAAGGGUAGCAGUAAGAAGUGGUGCCAAGAGAUCACGCUUUGAAGUUAUUUUUCGUCCAGAUUCAUUGUCAAGUCCUUACAGGAUUGAAAAUCGCUCCAUGUUCUUGCCCGUUCGCUUUCGUCAAGUUGAUGGUAUCGGUGAUUCUUGGCAGCUGCUUCUUCCGAAUUCUGCUGCUUCAUUUCUAUGGGAAGAUCUUGGUAGAAGACGUAUAUUGGAACUCUUUGUAGAUGGAACUGACCCGGUGAAAUCACUCAAGUAUGAUAUUGAUGAAAUUUCUGAUCACCAGCCCAUUCAUGUAGCAGAUGGGCCAACCAGAGCCUUGCGUGUUACUAUUGUAAAGGAAGAGAGAGCCAAUGUUGUGAAGAUCAGUGAUUGGAUGCCUGAAACUGAACCUACCGGUGUUCUGAGCCGAAGACAAUCAUCACCAAUUGUUCACUCUCAAAAGCAACAAUUGAUGUCAAUUACAGAUUGUGAAUUCCACAUCAAUUUUGAUCUUGCUGAGCUUGGGAUAUCUAUUACUGAUCAUACACCUGAGGAAAUUUUGUACCUGUCUGUUCAGAAUCUUGUUCUGGCGUAUUCAACUGGUUUGGGCUCCGGAAUCAGUAGAUUUAAACUUAGAAUGUCUGGGCUACAAGUGGACAAUCAACUGCCAUUAACUCCUAUGCCAGUUCUCUUCAGGCCUCAGAGAGUGUCAGAAACUGAUUAUAUCCUGAAAUGUUCUGUUACAAUGCAGUCAAAUGGAUCACUGGAUCUUUGUGUCUAUCCAUAUAUUGGUCUUCAUGGGCCAGAAAAUUCCACUGCCUUUUUGAUAAACAUUCAUGAACCUAUUAUUUGGCACCUUCAUGAAAUGAUCCAGAAGGUGAAGCUCAGUAGGCUGUAUGAUUCUCAAACAACUGCUGCAUCAGUUGAUCCAAUCAUUCAAAUUGGUGUCCUUAAUAUUUCGGAAGUUCGAUUCAAAGUGUCAAUGGCGAUGUCACCAAGUCAAAGACCAAGGGGUGUGCUUGGGUUCUGGGCAUCCUUAAUGACUGCAUUGGGUAACACAGAAAAUAUGCCAGUUAGGAUAAACCAGAGGUUUAAUGAGAACAUAUGCAUGAGGCAGAGUUCUAUGAUUAGCAUGGCUAUCUCAAAUAUCCGAAGGGAUCUUCUAGGCCAACCACUUCAGCUGCUCUCAGGUGUUGAUAUAUUGGGUAAUGCAAGUAGUGCACUUGGACAUAUGAGUAAAGGUGUAGCUGCAUUGUCUAUGGAUAAGAAGUUCAUUCAAAGUCGGCAAAGACAGGAAAGCAAAGGUGUGGAGGAUUUUGGUGAUGUUAUAAGAGAGGGAGGGGGAGCAUUUGCUAAAGGUUUAUUCAGAGGGGUAACUGGCAUUUUGACAAAGCCUCUUGAAGGAGCUAAAACGUCUGGUGUUGAGGGUUUUGUUCAGGGUGUUGGGAAGGGUAUUAUUGGUGCAGCUGCACAACCAGUGAGUGGAGUUCUAGAUCUUCUGUCAAAAACGACUGAAGGCGCUAAUGCUAUGAGAAUGAAAAUAGCAUCUGCUAUAACAUCUGAAGAACAACUUCUCCGGAGGAGGCUACCUCGUGUUAUAAGUGGUGACAAUUUGCUUCAACUAUAUGAUGAGUACAAAGCCCAAGGACAGGUCAUACUACAGUUGGCAGAAUCAGGUUCAUUUUUUGGCCAGGUUGAUCUAUUCAAAGUUCGUGGAAAGUUUGCCUUAUCAGAUGCUUAUGAAGAUCACUUCAUGCUUCCAAAGGGGAAAAUCCUCAUGGUCACGCAUAGAAGAGUCAUUCUAUUGCAACAACCAUCCAAUAUUAUUGCUCAAAGGAAGUUCAGCCCUGCAAGAGAUCCAUGUUCAAUACUGUGGGAUAUACUGUGGGAUGACUUUGGUACAAUGGAACUGACACAUGGAAAAAAAGAGAACCCAAAAGCUCCCCCUUCGCGGCUCAUUUUAUAUUCGCAGUCUAGAUCAUUGGAUGUGAAAGAAAACACUCGCAUCAUAAAAUGUAGCCCUGAAACACAUCAAGCUCUUAAAGUUUACUCUGCAAUUGACCACGCAGUGAACACUUAUGGCCCUGGCGCAUCAAAGGGAAUACUAAAAAAUAAAGUGACAAAGCCAUAUUCACCACUUGUUGAUGGCCGUAAUGAUGAUUUAACACUGAACGAAGAUGUUUGCUCCUGGUCCUCCCAACUUAUGCCUGGAUCAGCUCCUCUCCCUUCAAGUUUUGGAAGCAGUGCUGACCAUUAGGUUUUACUAUACAUUGUUCAUCACAUAUUGCAUUACUCAGUCUGUCCGAUCUCAUUCACACCGACAUCGGCAUUCAAAGCCUUAUCCCACCAGGUGAAGUCGGCUAUAUAGAUCAAUGAUCCAUGUUAAAGAUAUCGGGCAGUUACACUACAGUUUGGAAGUAUCCCGUUUGGAUUUUCCUCACUGCCAUAUCAGGAGGAUUGAGGUGGUAGGCUUGGUUUCUAAAACCAUAUACCUGUCAUCCAAUGAAUGUUAGCCUGAGGGAACUGGUGCAAACCCUAUGAAUUGCUAUGAGGCACUGGGGAGGAGGCAAUACGGUUUUUCUUAGAGCAUCAUGUCCAAUAGUGCUUGUACAAAAUUGAAGGAAAUUGUUUUCGAUGUACAUAUACAAAACCACACAGCUCAGAUAGGACCAUACUUGUCCUCGUUACACCCUGUAUGGGAUUACGAUCUGAAUUGUUUUCCUCCAUUUGAGGAAGCAUUUUUGUAAUUCUGCCUAUGCUCCGUUGUUAAUAAAUGUAAUAAGAAAUUCUAGCUUGAGAAACAGAGUAUAUAUGCAAUGCACAUGAGAGUGCGUUAGCAAGCGUUACACAUUAAUAUUUGUAAUAAAUUCAUUUCUUUUUUCACGAUAAA